CCAAGCGGUAACAAAACGGGUGGAACGUCAACAUGAACUGCGAGCGUAAACAUUAGCAGCAACUGCUCAAAACCACUAAGUUUAACCACGCAUGGAUGGGCUUGAGUUUAUCAAGGCGCGCUGUGUUGAUUGGACGUAGAGUCUGCAGUUUCAACAUUACUGAACGAGCCUCAAUGUCACGCGGUAGUAUUGUGACAACUGAGCCUUGUUUAGUCCUGUGUAUAUCGUUGUUGUUGUUAUCUUGCUAGCCUACCUUAUUUCCUGAAUCCGUUGAUGAUAUAUAUUAUUUUAUUGACAUGUCAAGCCAGUAAGGAUUAGCUACCAAUAUACAAUAAGUAAAUGGGGGACAUUGGUGCGUCUUACGUCCAUUAAAGGGUUGACAUUAUCAAGUAAACAACCCUAAAAGUCAACAAACAGAGGAUGUCCAGCCAUAAUGGCAGCGAGAGUACCCCUCUCCUGGAGAACUCAGGGACCGUGAGCAGACCCACCGUGUCCGUGUUCAAGGGCAGAAGACUGGCAUGUGCUGCCAUACUUCUGGCAGAGUCGUUGGAGAGAGUGGCCUUCUAUGGAAUCACGUCCAACUUGGUCCUUUUUCUAAACAGCAGCCCGUUUUACUGGGAGGGAACCAUGUCAAGCCAAGUACCACUCAUGUUCAUGGGGGUCACCUACCUGAUUUCACCGUUUGGCGGCUGGUUGGCUGAUGCAUAUCUUGGGAAGUUCCUUACCAUCGUUUGCAGUUUAAUCCUGUACUUGAUUGGCAUGCUGUUUUUCCCAUUUAUUGCCAAUGAAAACUCUCGAAGUUACCUGUGUGGUGAUCAGACGGCGUUUCCAGUACAACCUGCAGAAUGUUUGAAUCCCAACAUUACAGUCCCUGCCAAUGUGACUUGUCCUUCACGCACACCCUAUUGUGGCCCAGUGAUCUACAGCAGCCUGGCUCUCAUCGCAUUAGGGGUAGGGACCGUGAAGGCCAACAUCACUCCGUUCGGAGCUGAACAGGUGAAAGACAGGGGACCCGAGGCCACCCGUCGGUUCUUUAACUGGUUCUACUGGUCCAUCAACCUGGGAGCCAUCCUGUCUCUGGGAGGAGUGGCCUACAUCCAGCAGAACAUCGACUUCCAGCUGGGCUACGCCAUCCCUGCCGUAUGCCUGGGGGUCUCCUUCCUGGUGUUCCUGGUGGGCCGCGCCGUGUUCGUCACCAAGCCCGCCGACGGCAGUGCCUUCACAGACAUGUUUAAGAUACUGGGCUACGCCUGCUGCUCCUCUCAGAGGCCCAAAGAGCCCAACCUGCACCUGGCUAAACCAUCGCUGUUGGAUGGCGCGAAGGUGACCUAUGGAGGCUGGUUUCCUGAGGAGAAGGUGGAGGAGGUGAAAGCCUUGCUGAAAAUCCUCCCUGUGUUCUUCGCCCUCAUCCCAUACUGGACUGUGUACUUCCAGAUGCAGACCACGUACGUUCUGCAGAGUUUCCAUUUAAGGAUUCCUGACAUAAGCAGCAACGAUACCUCAACCGGGUCCCAGCAGAUCACGUUCCGCUUCCCCGCCGCCUGGCUGACCAUGUUCGACGCCGUCCUCAUCCUCAUGCUCAUCCCCCUCAAGGACAAGGUGGUGGACCCCAUCCUGAAGCGCAGGGGCCUGCUGCCCUCCUCCCUCAAGAGGAUCGCCGUGGGCAUGUUCUUUGUCAUGUGGUCGGCUGUGGCAGCUGGAAUCCUGGAGACGAAGCGUCUGGAGAUCAUCCAAACCAAAGGGACGAUCGACCAGGUCUUUGGCAAAGUGACCUACUACGCUGCCGAUCUGCCCAUCUGGUGGCAGAUCCCCCAGUACGUCCUCAUCGGGAUCAGCGAGAUCUUCGCCAGCAUCGCAGGCCUGGAGUUUGCCUACUCCGCUGCUCCUAGGUCCAUGCAGAGCGCCAUCAUGGGGCUGUUCUUCUUCUUCUCUGGUGUCGGAUCCUUCGUUGGCUCUGGUCUGCUGGCCAUCGUCUCCCUCAAGGGGAUUGGCUGGAUGUCUUCCCACAAAGACUUUGGUAAUAUCAACGACUGCCAUCUGGACUACUAUUUCUUCCUGCUGGCGGGGAUCCAGGGCGGCACCCUGCUGGUGUUCCUGAUUGUGUCAGUCAGGUACGACAAGCAGAGGACCAGGGCUGGCAGUCUGGGACAGUCUUGACCGGCCCAACACCAAAAGCCCCGCCCCCAACAUCAAAGCCCCACCCCCAACAUCAAAGCCUCACCCCCAACAUCAAAGCCCCGCCCCCACCAUCAAAGCCCCGCCCCCACCACCAAAGCCCCGCCCCCACCACCAAAGCCCCACCCCCCACCACCAACACCCCCUCCCCACAACAUCCUCUCAUACUAAAUGUGAUUGGUUUGUUGCCGUUUAUUACAACGUUUAAAACAUCUUUGGAAACUUUCAUCAAUGAAGACUCCUGAUGGUAAAUCUUGUCUUUAACAUACUUUUUGCUUCUUUGCCUUUGAGUGAUGGCUUGCACUUGAGGUGCCAUAAACAGACUUUACUUAGAACAGGAAAUCGUGAAUGUGACUUACAAAUACUGCUUUCGCUAACCCUUCUUUAAAAAAGAAUACUAUAUAUUAGUUUUUUUCAGAAUGUUUUCUUUGUAUUGUUACCCCUGUUAACAGAUGAACAUGAAGAUGUUCAGGACACUCCAGGUACCUGUUAUUUGCCUACCUGUUCAGAAUUGCAUUAAUAUUUACUGUGGCAAUGUUGAUGAGCAACAUGGUGACAAGACACGAAAGAAGUGAUGUCACAGCGUUUUAGAAACAAAACUCCACUCAGGGGAUGUGGUAUAAUUGCUCCAUGAAUUCAAAAGUGAUCUGCCUUCUAGAACAUAAUGGACUGUAGCAGUUUACACCAUCUCAGGGGGGGGGGGGGGGAAGAUCGAACUUGAAGCUACUGAUACUGCUAGAUUGUUUUAUGUUAACCUUUCUUCAAUUUUUAUUUGUUUUAUGUAUCUGUACGACUGGAUGUUUGGGUUUCUUUGUCAAUAAAAACAUUUAAAAUGUGA